CACAAAUCUACUGUGCGUUGACCCUUAACUAGCAUUUCUAUCAUAAUAAACAUGUAUAUAAACAUACAUUGAACAAUUAUAAUUUCAUAGUUCUAUGUUAAAUCAAUUCUUAUAUUGUUAAAUCGAAGGAAUGUUUCUAUGCAAGUUUCUUAUGCAUUAUAGAUAAAAUCAAGAGCAGCAAAUUUUUUAUAGAAAGUUUGUCUAUCUAAAACUUAAUCUCUCUCAAGUUCGUACUAGAUUCAAAGCAAUUCAAACAAGCGUUUGAUUAGUAAAUUCCUAUUAUGGCUGAAAUUAAACAAGAUCCCAAAUCGGAAGAUUCUGAAAAUUAUAAUGUUGGUAAUAGUGCAGAUCCAAAAAAUAUGCAAGAACUAACCCAAUACGUUCAGACGCUUCUACAAAAUAUGCAGGACAAAUUUCAGUCGAUGUCCGACCAAAUUAUUGGAAGAAUUGAUGAUAUGGGAAACAAAAUAGAUGAUCUCGAAAAAAAUAUUGCAGACCUUAUGACGCAAGCUGGAGUAGAAGGAACAGAGAAAUAAUAUUGAAUAAUAUAUUGAAAAUCAAUGUAAUAUUUGUUCUUAUAAAAUAAAUUUAAUUAAUAAAUUGAAA